CUUAUCCGGGGUCAGAUAACAACAAGUAACAAUAAAUAUAAAAUACAUAAAUAUAAAAAUAUGAAAUUAACAAGAUAUACAAAAUAUUAAACAAUAAUAAGGACUAUGUGCAAUUUGGCAGUUAGGCCAUUACAGAUUUUCACCAUAAAACAGGAGGUUUGUCACCUUCAGUUGAAACUUGCUGAAAUUUAUCUAUUGAGAAAUUACAACAAUGUGGAAAUAAGUUAAAUUGAUCAUUUAACAAUUAUUAGAUCUAACAGAAAUCUGGCUUUUAAUUUAAUUUAAAGACCAGCCAUAUUUUUGUUUAGUUUUUAAUCUACAUAAGCUCUAUUCUUGAUAUUUAUUUGUUUAUACAUCAUUUUUGUCUUUUGUUUUCUACCCCGACAACACAUCCCUGAUAUGCUAAUUAAAUAGUUUCUAUAUCGAUUGUUGUUUGUAAGCACAUUUUCCGUGGGGUAGGAACCUUUGUCAGGAAUCCCAGUGCAGCACGGUGCUUUCACUGUGUGGGACCGAGGUCAGAGCCAGGAGUGAAGUUGCACACGAUCAAACCGGAAAUGUGUCAGUUUUAAGCGAUUAUACCCAUCAGAAUAAAAGCAGAAUAAGACUCGCUUUUUCCUGUUGUCCAAUUCAAAUUAAAAAAAUCAAAUAAUAUAAAGUAAUUAAAUAAAAUUUAAAAGACGUGUAUUUAGAAAAGUUCCUCCUUGUAUUAAAUCUUAUUUUUGAUCAGUUUCUCUCUAAGAAUGUGUGUCUACAGUUCAAUCCUAAGUUGUAGAAUAAUUGUAGUACACUCAGGGCAAACUUUAUAAAUACUGAACUCACGAAUUCCGACAACACAACAUCAUCUCGCUGAAACAUCUCUAUAAUUUUCAAAUGUUAUCUUCCUUAUUUUGUAUAUUUGUAGGCCUUUAUCGCAACAAAAUUGUUUCAAAACACCCUCCACUUUGCAGCGAUAUUAUUGUGGUUCAGAAUUCCUAAAUCUACUUAUUUGGAUUUAUUUUUUUGCUGCUUAUUAGUUUGCUACUUUGCAAUAAAGCGAAAUGAUCAAAACCACAGUUUUCCUUUGGAGUGUCGCUUUUAUUGUGAAGGCUGAUAACGGAAGUUGUUUGUCGUGUGUCUGACGCAGGUUCCGCUCGCUCCCUCUUCGGUUCAGGUCAGCGCGAGACCGUCUGAUCUCAGCUUAGUUUUCAUUUCAUCCGUCAAAAAUGUUUGUUAAAAUACAAUAAAGUAGUUUUCAUUUAGUUUUCAGUGACAGCAGCAGAUGCGGCGCUGAAGCUAAAGCUAACAGGGAGGUUUUGCUAACGGCGACCUGCUGCAGGACGGUUACAGAGUGAUGCGCCAGUGUCGUCAUCGCACGUGAUCUCGUUGCUGCAGCAUGCGGAGCUGAAGAAGCUGUUUGAAGGAAACGCCAUGAUGUCGCACGUCAGCAGGACGUUGUCUCUGUUAAGACGCUGCUCAGGAGCGCCAGCUCAGACCAGCUCCGCCUCCAGCCUGGUCGUGGCCUCUGACGGCAGCGGGGCAGGGCUUGUCUUACGCUCCCAGGCCACCGAUGUGUACCAGAACCUGGCUCUGGAGGACUGGAUCGACGCCAACGUGGACCUGCAGCACCGCAGCAUCCUGCUGCUGUGGAGGAACCGGCCGGCCGUGGUCAUCGGGCGCCACCAGAACCCCUGGACCGAGUGCAACCUGCCGGCCAUGAGGAGGGCGGGGAUCCCUCUGGCCCGCAGGCGGAGCGGCGGCGGGACCGUCUUCCACGACCUCGGGAACCUCAACCUGACCUUCUUCACCUCCAAGAAGGCGUACGACCGGCAGAGGAACCUGAAGGUCGUCACAGAGGCUCUGAGGCGGCUCCGGCCGGGACUGGACGUCCGGGCCACCGACAGAUUCGACAUUUUACUCAACGGACACCUGAAGAUCUCAGGCAGCGCCUCCAGACUGAGCAGGAAGUCGUCCUACCAUCACUGCACCCUGCUGCACUCGGCCGACCGCUCCGCCCUCGCCGAUGUUCUCCGCCCCUCUUGUCCCGGUAUCCAGAGCAACGCCACGCCCAGCGUCCCCUCACCUGUCGCCAACCUGCUGGACCACGCCCCCACGCUGCAGUGGGAGGAGCUGCUGGACGCGCUGGCGCACCAGUACAAUGAAGAGUUCAGCUUCAGCGCCGCGUCGACCCUCGUUGACCCCGCCGACGAGUCCGCGUUCCCUGGUCUCAGCAGGACGGCGGCGGAGCUGCGCGCCUGGGACUGGACGUUCGGUAAGACGCCUAAAUUCAGCGUCCAAACCCUCCUGGACCUGAGGGACGACCGACCGCCUGCUCGCAGCUCCGCCCGGCUGCACGUGGAGGUGAAGAACGGCGUGGUCGACAGCUGCGAGCUGGACGUUCCCGCAGACUGGCUUCCUCGGCGUCUGAGCGGCGAGCUGAGCGCCGUGCUGGUCGGUGAGAGGUUUUGUCGGCAUCGAGCGGCUGCAGCUGUGACCACGCUGCUGCGGUCGGAGAGCGGCGAGCUGAGGAGCAGACUGAACAACCUGUGCGACGCCGUGGUGUCUGCGAUGGGCUGAAAUAAAACUGGUGAACUGAAACAACUCGGCGUGUGUCAAUUUAUUGAUCAACAGAAAACUGAUCCGGUCAGUAGUGGGGCGUCAUAGCGCCACCCAGAGGCUGGCAGAGCAGACGCCACGCUGACGAUUCAUCAGCAGUUUGUCCCGAGAAAACGACACAGGGACAUAAAAAUGUUAUGUCUGACUAGAAACUAGUUCUAACGUCACUACAGUUUGUAAUCACAAGAAAAAUCUGCAGCUAUUCUGAAAAUUUAUGUGUGAAAAAAUCAUUUUAAAUUAAAUCUGUUCGUGCUGCAGAGACGUCCUGGACUUAAAAAAACAGCUUUGUUUGGUUCAGAUCCUGCAAAAGUUUUUCAGUGAAAAUGAGAUGUUUUUUUUUUUUUAUGUUUAAUUUCACUAAAUAAAGGAAGAAAACUGGUUUAUUA